AUGACGCCUGUCGAAAAUACAGCAGAAAACCUUUAUGUCAGUAGACGUAGAGACAGUAGCGAUGCUCAGAGCUAUCACAGUGUAGAGUCAAACCAAUCUGUAGGCUCUGCUAGCAAGCAUUCUUCUCAUCAAAACAAACUAAGCAGAUCGAUUGGAAGUUUCAUUGCAAGUCCAAGUUCUUGGACAAAAAAACAUUUGCAUCAUCACCAUCAUCAUUCAGAACUUUCAUCACCUUAUGCUAAUGUGCCUCGCUUAAAUGAAAAAUAUGGCGACUAUGUCAAAUCAAACAAAAAGUCCAACUCCAAAUCAUCAGGAGCAACCAACAAGAAAAACAUUGCCAGUGGUGCGACAGCUGUGAUACGUUUGGUUCAAUCGCCGAAAGGAGGACGCAUCUUGGCUGUAAAAGAAUUCAUGAAAAAGGACAGGAAUGAAGAUGAAAAAGACUACCUCAAACGUAUGCACAAUGAAUAUUGUAUCAGCAAGACUGUCAGUGGACAUCCAAAUAUAGUUGAAACAAUGGAUUUAGUCGUAGACGAACAUGACCGCUGGUGUACAGUCAUGGAAUAUUGUGAUGGUGGUGAUUUGUUUAGUUUGUUAUCAGAAAAAUCAUCGAUGCCUAUAAUGGAAUCAGCUUGCUUAUUCAAACAACUUAUGCUAGGCUUACAACAUUUACAUCAUUUGGGCAUUGCUCAUCGUGACAUUAAACCGGAAAAUCUCGUCUUGACAAAGGGUGGCACACUUAAAAUUGCUGAUUUUGGUGUUGCCGAUGUAGUCCAGACAUGCUUUGAAAAAGAACCACAUGUCUCUCGCAAAUGGUGUGGUUCAGAGCCCUUUUGGUCUCCUGAGAUUUGGUCAUUAAAAAGUCAAGAAGACGGCUAUAAUGGUCAAGCUUUUGAUGUUUGGAGUGCAGCGGUCACUUUUAUCUGUAUUCGAUUUCAACAAUUACCUUUUGCUGUUGCAUUUUAUACAGGAAGACCAAAUGCUAGUCCCCUUCCCGAUGCUAAACCUAACUCGCCUGCUGCAAUUGCUGCUCAAGCGGCUGAUGGAGGUGAUAGAGACUAUGGUUUGUAUGCUGAGCAACGAGCCAAGUUGGGUGCUUUUGCGUGUGACUUAUGGGACAAUUUGAGUGGUAAGGAUCAUCUUUCGGACGAUGAAAAGGAAUGUUUGGCAGGCAUGUUAGAUCCAAAUCCAGACACACGGUGGACAGCUGAUCAAGUCUUGGAAUCAAAAUGGAUACAAACAGUUGAACUUUGCCAUGAUGGAGAACUUCCAAAUGGCUGGAGACACUAUCAUACAUGCUUUAGUGUAUCUGAUCAUUCGCCUAGAUCUCGUUAA